AAGAAAAGAAGAAAAAUGUGGCACGUUUAAUAAAAUUAAUACUUAAUGAAAAAGUUUUGAAUAUUUAUAAAUGAAUGAAAAUUACUUAGAUAGUGUGAGGCAGUCGCUUUACGAUCGUAUGAAUUACAGAAAAGAUUCAAACGAAGAGGAAUUACAAAUAAAAUCGAAAACGAAUUACAAAUAAAAUCGAAAACGAAUCGAAUACAUUAUGGAGGUCAUUUUUUGAAAAGUAAAUCGAAAAAAAAUGUAAAGUUAAACAACACUGAAAGUGAAGAUUUGUUCGAAGUAUCUGAUAAACAUGGUGCUAAAAAGAAAAAAAAAAGGUCAGAAAAAAUACUAUUAUAGAUUUCAAUUUAUCACCUUCAACGUCGGAAAAUUCCGUUGUUUCUAAAAAAAAAAAAUUAAAAUCGGUUCAAAAAAACGGAGAAAAGCAACAAAAACCGAAUUUGAUUCAGAUGAAAGUUUCGAUUUUAAUACAUACUGUAGUUCAAGAAAGCAUAGUUUUAAUGAAUCCUUAAUAGAACCACAUAGUGGAAUAGAUUAUGAAUUUCCAAAAUCUAGUAAAACUCGUGGAAAAAUAAAUAGUAAAAAGGUAAACGAGAAAAAGAACGCGAAAAAAAUUGAAAAAAUUAUCAAGUCUACUAAAUUGAUUAAAAACAAAAAAAAAGAUUCUACUGAUUUUUGUAUAGAAAAUAAUGAUGGGGCUUGUACAAGUAAUUUAAUGUUACUAAAUGAACCGAUUGAGAUUGUGGAAUCACCUGAAAUGAUACAAAAUGAAGUACAAGAAACACCAAAAGCAAAUUUUUUAUGUUGUGAUAGCAAAGAAAAGAAAAUAAUGAUUCUUGACGAAAACCACUCAAUUGCAUGUUACGGUUUCUGUUUAUUAAAAGUUUUACAUGGAAAUUUGGAAAUUUCGGGUUAUAAUUUGCCAAAAAACCGCGAAAUUCCCUUAUUUUCUCCACAAGGAUCCUCCCUGUUAGUUAUUACAAACAUCACAGAUGAAAAAUCAAAUGAUACUAUAGAAAACAUUGCAAAAACACUGGAUAAAGUGAAUUAUCUCAAAGAUAUACAAAUUAAGGAGACUACUGCGGUUUUUAUUUGCACAAAAGUAAAAUAUUACAAUAUAGAAUUUAUAGAAAACCAUAUAUCUCAACACAUAUUCCCUAAAUUAGAUAAUUUGAUUUCAUCCCGAAUUAUAUUUGAUCCUAAAGAACAGUUCAAUGUUAUUAAUAUCAACCCUGAUUGGGCGAAUAUCGUCGAUUCAGUAACUACCCUAACGAAAUUGCUUAUAGUUGGUGGUAAAGGUGUUGGAAAAAGUACGUUUUUACGUUAUACUGUAAACAAGCUUCUAACUAGAUUUGAUAGAAUAAACAUCAUCGAUUUGGACCCUGGACAAUCGGAAUUCAAUCUACCAGGAUGUAUUUCUAUUGUAAAUAUUACAGAACCCGUUCUAGGACCUAAUUACACCCAUCUUCAACAACCGGAAAGAUCGUAUCUAUCUAACAUCAACAUCGGACAUAACCCGAAAAAUUACAUAAAAUGCAUCAAACUAUUAAUGGAAAAUGUAGUACAAGAUGCACCUAUAGUGAUUAACUACAUGGGAUUCGUACACGGUAUAGGGAUAAACAUAGUUUCGUCCGCUAUAACCUUCAUCAGACCAACCGACGUAGUACAACUAGAUAGUGUCAGUGGUAAAAAAAAUUUUAUAACCGACAUUAACCCUCGAAGUGUACAAGCGCAUUGUGGUUUAUUCGGUGGGGAUUCCACGGGGUUGGAUUUCAAAACUUUCAAAAUAAACUCGUCGUCGGAUGGUAUCAGCGGAUGGUCACUGGAACCUAGACAAGUACGGGAUAUGUGCGUUUUGUCUUACUUCGGAAAACUAAUUAACCAACAAACCGAUUGUUUAACUAACGAAAAUGUUCCUGUUUACAAGCGUCAGAUAAAAGGAUUUAUUAGAUAUAUUUCAACGAGGACUUGGAGUUUUUGGUUUACUCACAUUUUUGGAAUAUUGUUCACCUAUUUUCGUAAAAAAUCUAUUAAAUAAUUGUGCUUUUUGUGAAGUAUCAGAAAUUACUUCUUAGUAUUUUGGAAAAUUGUAUCGGAAGUUACACGUAGAAAAUUCUUGAAGGGCAUUUUAUAAAAACGCAAUUGUAUCAAAUAUUGUAAACACUGUAUCAGCAUUUAUUUUAUUAUAAAUAAGACUUUUGUAAACAACUUAAUAAUGUUUAUAAUUAGUUCGCUCUUGAGAUUAAUUGUAUUCAUUCAAAUAUUGUAAAAUAAAUUUCGAAAACCGAAAUUUAUAAGUCGGAUAAUGUUUUUAUAAUUUCUUCAGUAAUUAGUUUAAAUUUUUUUUUAUAUUCAAUUUUUUAACAUAUUUUUUAGUAGUUGGAAUAAUAUAUAAAUGAUUUUUUUUUCAAAUCAAGAGAAGGUAGCUUUAUAAUCGUGACAAUUAAAUCUAUUACUGCUGCAAUUAAGUUAUUUUCUAAAUGGUUAUUUGUUUUAAUUAGUAUAUGAUCGAUGCAACUACUGAUUGCACACAUAAAAUCAAAUUUGCCUUUUCCAGAUUGAUUUUCCAAACCUAUAGACAAUCCUUUAAAAAAACAUCUAUUUUGAAGUUUGUAUCCAGCCAGGUUUUAUCAAGUUAAUGAAUGGGUAUCUGUUCUUGCAUAUACUCUUUGAUGGAUUUAUUUACUUUUCAGACUAAAUAAACAUUUUUUUUGCUUUCUUUGACAUUCAAUUAGGAGUAUUGAGUUUUACUUGAAUAUGGCUGAAUUUGAGUGUGACUAUUGUCAAAAGACCGUCUUGGAACAUGAGACAUAUAUACUCCAGUAUAGUGAGGAGUGUCGCAGAAAUUUUUGCAUUAGUUGUACUGGACUGGACAAGACCGUAACAGAGUUGCUCUAUCAUCAAAAGUACCACAAUAUAAGGUUUUUCUGUUUGUGAUUCUUUCACUCUAAAAUAUCAAGAUAUUUAUAAAUUAGGAAUUAAUUUCAUGGACAAUCAUGAUAGAUAUGCUUAAGUCCAGGUUCACGACUCACCAAUGUUGUCAGAAGAAAUAAAUGAUCUGAGAUAAAGUAUUAAACAAAUGACACUUAUGCUGGAAAAGUCUACUGUCAAGAAUAAGACAAAUAUUAGCAAUAGACUACAAACCGUAGAAAAGACGAUAUCAACGCAAAACCGACCAUUCAAAAAACGAAAAUACAAUUGUUCUUUCAUCUCCAGAAAUUAUCUCAUCCUCACCUCAUAUAAACCCUGCAUAGGAGGAUUGGAAUUCCGUGGUAGUGUCCAAUAUUCCGCUUCCAUAUACAGCAAAUCAGCUUGCACACUACGCGAAAGAAAAACUAAGAACAAACGACUUAAUACGAUGCUUCCAAUGCUAAUAACUACGCAUAGUUUGCAAUCCGAUUUUAAAAUUUGGUGUACAAAAAAAAUUAGUUGAAGUAACUCAAGGAUAUAACGCCACGAGAAACAAAUACUGUGUUUAACAGUAAACUGAAAUGGACAGUGUGAAGAAAGAAUCUAGCUUUAUUCGAAGACACUGAAGGAGGUCAAAACUGUUAAAAUAGGUUCUGACAGGUAGACUAUAGCUGCUUGUAAGUCUCAGAAGAUAGAAGGGUCUAAAAUAAUUAUAGAAAAAAAUGCGAAGAGACGAUUUCUCACAUGUGGAAUCAUCGGAUCCAUAUGUGAGAACUCGAGUUGGCUAUCUAAAGGAUAUGGUUAACCUGGGCGUUCAACACGUUCUCGAUCGCUACCGGUAGGUAGCAGUAGCCCUACAACCACUAAAUGCGACCAUUGAUAAGCAUAGCGUGAUAGACAAAAUGUUCUGUGUAUUGUGUUUUUUUCUAAAUAAAAGUUGUCACAAACAAGUGGAUUAAUUUAUUGAUAAUACCUAUUUUACAUUUUUACUUAAUGCUUUCGGUUACAGGUAUUGGUUGUUCCUACAUAUUUCCUCCUAAAUAUAAUGUUAGUUUAGAUGCUUGAUAUCAUCCUAAUUUUUUAAAGUAAAAUGAAACUAUGUUGAUAUUUUACAAUGUUUCUCAUUGGAAAUAAUCAUUGUGCUGUAUGGUUACACUUUAAAAUAAACAAUCUUGUUCAUCCAUAUUCGAUUGUUUGGUAUUUGGAUUGAUUUUUGGAUCAUAAAUACUUGCUUAAUAUGAUUUUUUAGAACAGAACCAUUUCAUAUCUUUAAAUCCAUCGGAGUUCACUGACAACUACUCAAUGUUUUGUGAAUAAUUUGGUAAUUAUAUCAGGUAUUUAAUGGAUCUGACAUCGAUAAGAUUUUAAGUAAACAAGAAUUAAUUAGCCAAAUAUUUAUCCAUGUCCUCACCCGUUUAUAGUUAUUACUUUUGCUCUCCGAG